AUAUUCCAAAUGGGUGAAUACAAAAUUAAUAAUAUGAAUUCCUACUUUUGCUACUUAGUUGCGCAUAACCUAAAUAAACGUUAAGAGUCUCUCUCGAAAGAGCACUACCUGUACGAGAAAGGAGUAGCAGUGAUCUUCAUCGUCCUUGUAUUCUCAUAGCAAGCAAGUAUCAACUCAGAUAAGGUUUAAUCUGGAUGUGGCACAGAGAAGGUUUCAGCCGUCUCCGCCGAUUUUCAACGGCAGUACGACGGUGCUCGGAAGAUGAAGGUGACUGGUUCUACGCCUCAGAGUGGUGGGGUUCUGGCUCUAAUGACGGCCAAACAGUUCUCCGGUCGACUUCCGGCAAGGGAAAUGGCAUUGUUUCAGUCAUUGCACAUCCCUCCUCCAAACCCAACAGAAUGCAUUGGUCAAAAAUGGAAAGAUGGUUGCAGCAGAGGUGUGAGGAGGUGCAUCCUGGAUAUGGGGAUGAAGGGAAUCUGAGGGUGCUUGGAUAUCAAUGGCGGGGGCUGCGUUUCAACGAUGUUACUCGCCAGAGCACGGCAAAAGUAAUGCUUACUUACCGUGAAAACAAGCCAGAACUUGUCUAUCUUAUGCAGCAACCACAUUGCUUGGCUGUUCCAUAUGUGAAAAGUAUGGUAUCUGCUGGGUUGAGUGCUAUUGCCUCAUCUAAUUUUGAUAUUAUUGGUGUAUUGCAAGGAAAGAAAAAUAUGCGCAUUUUAUGCAUAGGACAUGGCGGGGGAAGCUUACCAUUGUUUUUGGCAAGUAAAAUUCAAGGUGCCAUCAUCCACAUAGUUGAAAUUGAUCCCCUUGUUAUCUCAGCCUCGAUUCGUGCUAUGGGGUUCCCGGCUUUUUCACUCAUGACAAAAUCAGGUCACAGGGAGGUUGCAAAACCUGAUAUCAUUAAUGAAGUUAUGUGGAAAGGCACCCAUGAGAGGAUUUGCCUUCACGAAGCAGAUGCUGAGGAAUUUAUUACUAAUAAUACCAAUCUCUAUGAUAUGAUAUUUGUUGAUGCUUAUGAUGGUGAUGAUGUAUUUCCACACAAGUUAUGGAACCCAGAUUCGCCAUUCCUAAAAUCUCUUAAAACUCGGCUUCAUCCCAAACAUGGCACUGUUGUGGUGAACCUGCAUUCUGACUCUGAUGUAUUGAACCAAGAUGGAUCGGUUCCAUCUGAAUUUGAGCAAGUUUUGCCAAUGGGAAAAUAUGUGUCUCAAGUUUGCAGAGCAUACAAGGACGUACUUUUAGGAACUAGAAGCUCUUCUGAAGAGAAAAGAGGUUCCGGCAUUGCUUUUACUGUUGCGGUUCCUUGGACCUGUAAUACGUCCCUAGUUGUGUGCAGAGGUUUUGGUAGAGAUAAUCAAUGUUUUAACCGGGAUUCGGUUGUAAGCACACUCAUAUCCAAAUCCCUUGAACUGGAACAUGUUAUGGACUUGCCAUUCUCUUGUUUGGAAUACAUAAAAGGAGGUUUUAUUCUUGCUGACUAGUUUUUCAGGCUCCACUUUUUAUUAUGGACAAAUGUUGGUUAUUAAUUUUAUUAUGUUUUGUAGUACAAGUUUGAACUCUGAACCUUGUUCUCAAACUCUUUCAAGUAUACUAACUCAGCCACUUGAGCUACACGAUUCCAGUGUUUUUAGUUCUGUUA